AUCUUUGAAAAAAAAAAGUGACAUAAUGAAGCAUAAGAGAGUUUAAUAAGUUACCGUAGAAGUAGAAGAAGAACAAAUCUGUUAUGUUGAGAAAUAAAACCAAACCCCUUCUUUCAAAUUCUCAAGCUUCAAUAUUCCGUUAUCUGGCGCCACAACCUUCCCUGCGCCAAAUCAAGCAAACCCAUGCACACGUCGUCGUUUGGGGCCAUGCUCGUCUCACCGUUCACCUUCUCUCUUUACUUUCUCUCUCCUCCACUGUUCCUUUCCCUCUCCGAUACUCACUCUCUCUCUUCACCUCAAUUCCGUUCCCCACCGUCUUUGCCUUCAACUCCCUCAUCCGCUGCCACGCCAAAGCCAACUCGUCGCCGUCUCUCUCUCUUUCUCUCUACUCCGCAAUGCGACGCCGUUUUCUCAACCCCAACCAGCACACCUUCACCUUCCUGCUACAUGCCUGCUCCAAGAACUUAAAAAUCAAGGUAAACAAUAAAUUGGGUGUUCAAGUUCAUGCGCACGUGAUCAAGCUCGGUUACGCUUGCCACGUGUUUGUCCGGAACGCUCUGAUUCACUUCUAUUUCGAGUGUGGUGAUGCUGAUUCUUCCCAAAGGGUGUUUGAGGAAGAUGCCCUUUGCAGCGACGUGGUCACGUGGAACUCCAUGUUGGCUGGUGCAGUGAGAAAUGGGGAUGUUCGGGUUGCGGAGAAGAUGUUUGAUGAAAUGCCUGAAAGGGAUGUUGUUUCUUGGAGUACUAUGAUAAUGGGGUAUGUUCAAAAUGGGCUUUUUGAAGAUGGGUUGGAGUGUUUUAGAGACAUGAGGAAGAAGAGGGUGAGGCCAAAUGAAGCUAUAUUGGUUACCUUGCUUUCGGUUUCGGCUCAGUUGGGUUUGCUUUGUUAUGGAAGAUUCAUUCAUUCCACCAUUGAGGCCAUGAGGUUUCCAAUGACGGUUCAUAUAGGGACUGCUUUGAUUGACAUGUAUGCAAAGUGUGGUUGCAUUGAAAAGGCGAGAAUCUUGUUUGAUGGGAUGGUGAAGAAGGAUGUGUGGACGUGGAAUGUUAUGAUCUGCGGCCUUGCUUCGCAUGAUUGCGCCAAGGAGGCGCUCGCACUAUUUGACAGGUUCAUUGGUGAAGGUUUUCGUCCUGUGAAUGUAACAUUUGUGGGUGUGCUUAAUGCUUGUAGUAGGGCUGGUUUGGUUGGUGAAGGGAAGCAUUAUUUUAAGUUGAUGGUAGAUGGUUAUGGCAUUCAGCCUGAGAUGGAGCACUAUGGUUGCAUGGUGGAUCUCCUUGCUCGUGCCGGUUUAGUUGAUGAGGCAGCUAAGUUGAUUGAGGGAAUGACAAUUGCGCCAGAUCCUGUGAUGUGGGCGACGCUGCUUGAUGCAUGUAAGCUUCAUGGAUUUGUGGAGAUGGGGGAAAACAUUGGGAAUAAGUUGAUAGAGUUGGAUCCAACCCAUGAUGGGCAUUAUGUGCAGUUAGCCGGAAUAUAUGCGAAAGAGAGAAAGUGGGAGGAUGUAGUUAGAAUUCGGGAGUUAAUGAGUGAGAGAAUUGCCGGCAAAGUUGCUGGUUGGAGUUUGGUUGAACUGCAGGGUAGAGUUCAUCGCUUUGUUGCUGGGGACAGAGAGCAUGACUGUUCUUCAGAUAUAUACAAAAUGCUUGAAACAAUUGGACUGAGGAUAACUGAAGCUGGUUUACUAACUGAAACGUUUUGACUGUGGUGCAUAAAUAGGAGGAGAAUACAAGUAACGAACAUGCAAUUAAAGAUCACAGUGAAAAGUUAUGAAUUACUUUAGGCCUUUGGUAACGGCAUUUCGUGAUUACAUCAGAACUGUGGAGAGUUUUAGAGUUCAAGAGGACUUUCACGAGUGAUCAAGAUUGUGUCCAAACUCCAAAGUGUUUGACAGACAGAGAUACAAAUAGUUAGGGAUGUUUCACCAUUUAACAAAAGGAUAUAUAUUCCCUUGUUAGGGUGUGCUUAGAAAUCCGUUGCUUGCUGUUGAUUGGUUUGUAAUUGCAAUAUCUAUGGUUUGUUGAUAGUAAGAUCCUAAU